AUGGCAUUCCAAAUGCAAUUGUUUAGGCUUUCAAUCAUAUUCUCCAUUUCAGGGGUUCACUCCGUCAAUUUCGUCAUUAAGAACAAUUGUAAGAUCCCAAUCUGGCCCGGAGCUUUAACUGUUGCCGGCAAUCGAAUAUCUACCACUGGCUUCAAAUUACUCCCUGGAUCAACCGCAACCGCAACGGUCAACAUAUCGUCGAUGCCAUGGUCCGGGAGGUUCUGGGCUCGAACACUUUGCUCCAGUGAUGCAAAUGGAAAGUUCACUUGUCAAACUGCAGACUGCGGCUCCGGCCAAGUCUCCUGCAACGGUGCCGGCGCAAUUCCGCCAGCAAGCUUAGUGGAGUUCACAAUAGCGGCGAACCACGGCCAAGAUUUCUUCGAUAUCAGCCUUGUUGAUGGCUACAAUUUGCCGGUUACAGUAAGCCCCGUAGGGGGAUCAAGUGGUUGCAAAUCAGUAGUUUGUACAAGAAAUGUGAACGUCGUUUGUCCACCGGAAUUGGCCGUUAAAAGCCAACGUGGCGUAGUGAUAGCAUGCAAAAGUGCGUGUAUGGCUUUUAAUAAGCCGGAAUAUUGUUGCAGUGGAGACCAUAAUCAGUCGGAAACUUGCCUGCCGACGAAUUAUUCGAAGAUAUUCAAGAGCCAAUGUCCUCAAGCUUCUAGUUAUGUAUAUGAUGAUAAGACAAGUACAUUUACUUGCUCAAGUGGAGCUAAUUAUGCUAUCACAUUUUGUCCUUGA